ACAAGUGACAUUUCCCUGCUGCUGAGCGUCCAGCAAUUGUACACACAUCACAUCAGUGCAGCUACUACAGAAGGCAUGAAAGAGGAGGACAUCAGCAGGCGCUACAGAGAUUAACAAAGAAAAGUGUGACAUCAGUGGUCCCAGAAUGGGUAUACAGGGCAUGGAGAUUGAAGCUUCUAUACAUUUAGUGCCACUGAGCCAUCAAGUGGGAGGUCACACAAGCAUGCUGGUCUAUGACAGUGAAACAGUCUGCAAGCCAUUGGUUUCCCAAGAACAAAGGUUCUAUGAAUCACUGCCAAGAGAGAUGAGAAAUUUUACACCCAAAUAUAAAGGGAUUAUAUCAGUGUCACUGAGGAGGGACAGUCGUGGGCAUUUACAUUUUAUUGCUAAUCCUAGCCCUAAUUCCUGUUCUACAACAUUUGAUACUUCUAUGACAAUGUGGCAUAAGGUCAAACAGCAGAUGAGUGUUGGUGCAGACUUGGAACAGCGCACCAGAAAGCAGAGUCACAUGAAGACAGCUAUUAUGGAGAGCUGUUCCAAGUCAUCUUAUAGAGCUGAGAAGUGUUUCCAUUCUGAAGUCUCAUGCCACAUCAGCGGCCCUGGGCAAUCUGGAAGCGAACAAGUUUACAACCCAUGGGGGCUUCACUGUCAUCAACAACAUCUGUCUCGUAUGUUCUCUGAGUGCCACCAAAACAAGUUAUAUAGGUAUCUUCUAUUGGAGAAUGUUACAUCUAAGUAUGUUUUUCCAUGCAUCCUUGACUUAAAGAUGGGAACCAGGCAACAUGGAGAUGAUGCAUCAGAGGAGAAGAAAGCUCGACACAUAGAGAAAUGUGCUCAGAGUACAUCUGCAAGUCUGGGUGUUAGAAUAUGUGGCAUGCAAGUGUACAAAGCAGACAAUGGCCAGUUCCUCUGCAGAGAUAAAUACUAUGGAAGGAAGUUGUCCCGUGAAGGUUUCCGUCAGGCUCUGUAUACAUACCUCCACAAUGGAUACCGUUUGAGGUCUGAUCUGUUAGAACCCAUUAUUUUUCAGCUAAAAUCCCUUAAGUCAGUGCUUGAGACUCAAGGUUCAUACCGAUUCUACUCAAGUUCACUUCUUAUGGUCUACGAAGGAAAAGACACAGAUGUCUGCUUACAGAAUAUGGGAAUAUCAUCAGCCUGUCAAGGAACCAGCCAUGGUAAGGUAGAUGUGAGAAUGAUUGACUUUGCUCACACUACUUUUACAGACUCUAGAAACAGUUUGACAGUCCACGAGGGGCCGGAUCAUGGAUACAUUUUUGGCCUUGAAAAUCUUGUGAAGAUACUUUGUGGUAUACGAGACAGUGAACAGCAAUAGCAUGGUUGAUGGGAUCAGCAGGCUUCAAUGCAACAUAACAGUAAUAAUCCCUUUGACACAUGAUGCUAAAUUACAAACACUUGCAUAACAAAAACAGCUUUGUAUGUACAAUUCCAAUAAGCAUACUUAUUGGAUAUUAUAUGUUGCCAAUUUUGCAGAUUGUUUAAAAAUGUUUAAUGAAACUGAUGGAGAAGCAGUAAUACAGGCAUUAUCUACGGAACAGAAUAACCAGUGAUAUGAAGGUUUAAAAAUAACGAAUUAAUGUAUUUUAGUUUAUUAUUAUAAUUAAUCUACUUAGUCUGCGAUAAGUAUUUUGUACAUAGUUUACUGUGAGGGGUUACAGUCGUUAGGUCGAGACAACUUAGGGCAACACUCAUUAGGUCGACCAUUGAAGGUCGACAAUGCCAUUAGGUCGACAUGGCCGUUAUGUCGACAUGUACUAGGUCAAAAGGCCUACAUGAGUUUAUCACUUUUUUUUCUUCAUGUUUUUAAAAAAAUUUCAUACUUACCGAUCCACGUGGACUACGAUUGGAACGGUAAUCUGUGCCGAGCGAAGUGGUAGCGGAGCGAGGCACCUUGCCCAAAGCAUGGCGAGCAAAGCGAGCCAUGUGAGGGGACACGGUGCACUAAUUGGGGUUCCCCGUCACUUUACGUAGAAAACGACACCAAAAACAGUCAAAAACCUCAUGUCGACCUUUUGACCUGUCAACCUAGUACAUGUCGACCUAAUGACCAUGUCGACCUAUUGUCCAUGUCGACCUAAUGCAUGUCGACCUUCCAUGGUCGACCUAAUGACUGUUGACCUAAGUUGUGUCUAUCCAACGACCCAAACCCACUGUGAGAUUUAAAAAUUCUACACUGAAAUUUUGUUUUCUAAUGUUUAAAAUGUUUAAUGACCAAUAAGUAAAUUAUGGAAUUUGACUGUAUUUUUUGCAAUCUGUUGCAUGGUUUGUUUGUUAUCUGCAAGGAAAAUAACACAUUUCAGUUAUUUGGGCACUAACAUAUGAGAACAUAUAAUAUAUAACACACUAUAUAUACACUAUAUACUGUACCACACAUUAUCACACACUAUAUACUGUACCACACAUUAUCAUAUUAAUCACUUCAUACCUGUAUUUGUAUUCUGUUAUCUCUGUAUAAUGAUAGUUCUUGCAUAUUAAUCAAACUGAGCUCCUAUGAAUAAUAAGACAGAAUAAAUUCUUUAAU